AGUGUUACGGCAAAGCGGUUUUUUUGCAAAUCCGUAUAGUGCUGCUCCAUCUGGUUCCUUCAUAUUUUGCGCUUCUUUCCAUACUCGAAAACAUUCCGUCGAACGCACGCAAACGGUACGACAUUCGUGCGAACGACCGUGCCGGGACGUGCACUCGGGUUCCCCUAGUUAUCGGAAGUUCCCGGUACAGCUAUCGAAAGUUCGAACAUUGGGAAGUCGCCGCUGCCAGAAGCCGUAAGGGAAGAAGUUUCCCCUUGCGCAGAACGAAGUGUUCUUCGGCCUUCUCAGCGCGUCUCGUUUCGCUGUACGUGAUCGGUAUAAAAGAAGCAGAAAUUAUGUACGACGGCCCGUAUCGACCUUCCGGACGGCACCGGACGGAGGGUGUGAUGCCCUGCCUCACCGGUACGCGCCGAACCGGAGCUCGGCAUCGAACAGCUCCAACCGGUGGAUUAUUGCUGUGGCUGGGAUUGCUGACGAUGUUUGUCAAGGGAUCGCCCGAAACACGCAGUAACGAGCAGGAACUGAAGCCGAGCUUCGCCAGCCCGAUCGAGAACGUGACAGUUCCUAUAGGUAGAGAGGCGACACUCAGUUGCAUUGUACAAAAUUUAGGUGCCUACAAGGUCGGCUGGAUGCGAGCCUCCGAUCAGACAGUCCUGGCGCUCCAGGGACGGGUUGUGACGCACAAUUCACGCUACAGCGUGACGCAGGAGGAGCGUGACGUCUGGCGGCUAAAGAUACGCAACGUGCGCGAAUCCGACCGGGGUUGCUACAUGUGUCAAAUAAACGUCACACCGCUCCAGAAACAAGUAGGCUGUGUGGAUGUGCAGCUACCACCCGAUAUAUCGGACGAACAAUCAUCCUCAGAUAUGACAGUGCGUGAGGGUGGUAACGCAACGUUCUACUGUCGCGCAACCGGACAUCCGGCACCGAAAGUCACCUGGCGAAGGGACGAUGGCAACCCGCUCUAUCAGCUCCGAAACGGAACGGACCAGCGCAAGGUCGAUCAACAUGUUGGCAUCUUCCUGAACCUGACCCACGUCAGUCGGAAACAGAUGGGUGCAUACUUGUGUAUCGCUUCCAACGAAGUCCCACCAGCCGUUAGCAAGCGCGUCUAUCUCAACGUUCACUUUCCACCAAACGUGACGACGGCGAAAACGCUUCUCGGGGCGUACGAGGAAUCGGACGUGGAGUUGGAGUGCGAGGUGGAAUCAUUUCCACGCUCGGUCAACUACUGGACGAAGGUGGCGAAGGGAGGGCGCAACCCCAGCGGCAGCCCGGGCUCGUCCAGCGCGGAAAGCUUCAACCAUCACCAGCAGGAGGUGAUGCUGAACGGUGAUCGGUACGAAAUUCGGGAGCAAUAUUUCGGCAGCCUGUACUCGGCGAAGAUGACGCUCCGGAUUCGCAGCUUCUCCAUGGCCGACGCUGGCAGCUACAUGUGCAUAUCAUCGAACGCCUUCGGCAAGACCAACCGAACGAUUCGGCUGUACGAGAUUAAAAGACCGACGACCACCACCACCACCACGACGACAACGACCACCACGUCUACGACGACUACGACGACUACCACGACGACACCUGCACCGCCACCUGCUACGCCACCGCGUCGAAGAACUACACUAAUGGGCCCAAGGCCACCGUACGACACUACGCCCUAUCCUCCGACAGGAUUCAUCAUCGAGUACAUCACCUACUCGCCGGGGUACGUCGAGUACGGGGCGAACGGUGAGACCUACAUCAACUAUCCGCAUCUGACGGCCUACUCGAAAUCGUCCUCCUCGUCCUCCUCUUCCUCCUCAGCGAACCCGCACGGAUCGGCGGCGGCUUCUUCAGCGGCAUCGGCACCCUCCACGGUCACGCUGCUCGGUGGCCGUUGGACCGCCGGCACGCUAGGCGGAACGCUCCGUCCCCUGUCCGGGCUGGAGGAUAGAUUUAUGAGCAUUUUGAUCGUGACAGCCCUGUCCUGUGUGUCCUUUUUUCGCUACUUUCAAAUCUAUCUGCCCUGGAUUACACUUUUUCUGCUGCUCGUACUGAUCGGUCGCAAGCCGAAAGAGAAAAUCUCGCCCGAUCUCGUCUUCCACCAUGCGCCGUGCGCGCUGUGAGGUUACGGCACCGGGUGCCAUCUGUCACCGGGCACGGCUACACCGCCACCAACGAUGGCGACGGGGUCGAGAACGACCCUGCUGCAAGACAGCAACCUGACGACACCGAUGGGCGUUCGUUGCGAAAGAGGUAACGAAGGUAAUGUUGUUUUCUAAUUUGCUAGGAUUAAUCAGGAAGCAACGACCUUCCCCCCCUCCCCACGGUUCCGCCCGUGCGGCCAUGCAAUGCGACCCCCGGAAGGUUCUUGUUACCGUAUAGAAUAGAUCAAAUAAGCGCCCCCCGCCCGAGUGAAGGAUGCGUUGCAAAUGAAGCACACACAAAACAAGGGAUCGAAAAGGACACUCGAAAUGGGUUCCCCGGGGCAGAUGACAAAAAGAAGAAGAAAAAGGUAGGCAAAGAGUGAAUAAAUAGCGUCGAGAGAGUCUCGUUCCCGGCCCACCCCAACAACAACAAAAAAAAUGGUGGGAGCCCGGCCAUGUUACGAUGUACAUAUUAAGCAAAUACUUCCGGUAAUAAAUUGCAAUAGCCAACAAGAACAGUAUCACACCCUAGUUGACAGAUGUCAGGCAAUGUGCGCUGGCGAGCGAGUUUAGGAAAAUAACAACAGCAAAAACAAAAAUAGCGCUCGCAAAGAGUGCGCACAUUCAGAGUACUAAUCAAUAAAAG